CUAUCGGCAGCAAGGUUACAUACAGCCGGUUUUCAUGGAUGAAGUUUGACAACACGCGUUGUCCUUUUUUGUGAGAUUUUAGAUUUACCCUCAAAUCAUGCGGCGUAGCAAAGCCGAAGUGGAUCGCUAUGUUUCCUCGGUACUAGAUAACUCGGCUUCAGUGAAAGAGAAACCACUGAAAGGCUUCCUGUUCGCAAAACUGUACUUUGAGGCAAAGGAGUACGAGCUUGCUAAGAGACAUGUAUCGGCCUACUUGUCAGCCCAGGAGAGGGAUCCAAAAGCACACAAGUUCCUUGGACAGCUGUAUGAACUUGAGGGAGAUGUCAACAAAGCAGUGGGCUGUUACAAGCGCUCCGUGGAUCUUAACCCAGCUCAGCGAGAUCUUGUACUUAAAGUGGCAGAACUUCUGUGCAGCAAAGAGGAACGAGAUAGUCGAGCUGAUUUUUGGGUGGAAAAGGCGUCAAAGCUCAUGCCUGGUAGUCCAGCUGUUUUCAAGCUAAAGGAGAAACUGUUGAGUAAACAAGGACAGCAGGGCUGGAACCAGCUGUUUGAUCUUCUGCAGUCAGAGUUGCAGUUGCGUCCAGGAGAUGCCCAUGUGAAUGUAAAGCUUGUGGAGUUGUACUGCUCUGAUGGGAGACUUGAGGAAGCAGUCAGCCACUGCUUGGCUGUGGAGAAGGCCGGCGUCCUUGGCCACAGCUUGGACUGGUCCACUACUGUUGUGUGCACAUUGCAGGAUUACCUUAGCCAGCCAAGUGUGUCAUUAAAUGAGAAAUCCUGCCGCAAAUUCCAAAAGGAGCUGCUCCUGGCCCACUGUAACCUUUUGAAACACACACUAUCAGAAAAGGCGGUUUUACAGGGCGCAGAAGCCUUGCAAAAUUUUGACCAUGCUAUGCAGUCACUGAAGAACACUGCCAGUAGCACUACAGACGAGCUAGCAGAGAUGUUCACGGAGCUGAGGGGGCACCUGUACAUCCACGCAGGGACACUCUUGCUGAAGAUGGCUCAUGAGAGUGUGCAGCCGUGGAGAGCGGUGGUGGAUUUAGCUGCCCUGUGCUAUGUGCUGGCCUAUCAGGUUCCUCGACCAAAGACAAAGACGUCUAAAGGGGAUCCGGCUCCUCUGCAGCCAUUGGAGCGCCUGGCUUGCGACCGCCAGAGCCAAGCUGGUCACAUGUUGCUGAACCUGAACCAGGAUGUCGACCAGUUUGUGAAGGAUGUUGUCGAAGCGUUUGGUAACGUCAGUGGCCAAGAGGCCCUGUUCGACAUGCUGUUUGGAGCGGAUGCCCCCAUAGGGCUGUCGUUCAUCGGCAACGACGACAUCCACUCCAUCUGCGCCCAGGCUCCCGAGACGGCAGAUCUGGUCAAGGCUGAUGGUGGGGCAAUUCAGCUUCAUGGAGGCGAUCUACAGCAUCUGACUUGGCUCGGUUUGCAGUAUUCAUUCAUGGGUCAGAGACCAUCUCUAAGAGACUGGCUUAAACAGCUUUUUCCUCGGCUGACCCUCGAAACUUCCAAACUGGACACCAACACCCCUGAGUCGAUCUGUCUGCUGGAUUUAGAGGUCUUUCUGUGUGGAGUGGUGUUUGCUAGUCACACGCAGCUCCAGGAGACUGCCAAGAUCUCGGCCACCACUUCUCAGCUGCAUGAGCCCCGAUGCCUGCCUUUGCAGGUCAUGAAGCUUUUGUCGACUGACAGGCAGAGAGAGUGGUGGAAUGCUGUGUACACACUAAUCCAUAAAAAAGCCCAGCCUGGGACAUCAGCAAAGCUGCGAAUGGUUGUUCAACACGGAUUGAGCACACUUCGAGCUGGGGAGAAACAUGGCUUGCAGCCAGCACUGCUUGUGCACUGGGCACAACAUCUCAGCGAAACGGGUGUGGGUGUGAACUCGUACUAUGACCAGAAGGACUACACAGGCCGGAGUGUGCACUAUUGGAAGGUGGUGCGGGCACUGCUGGACAAGGUCAAGAAGAGAAGGAGUAUCCCUGAACCUCUGGAUCCUCUCUUCUUACACUUCCCAAGUAAAGACAUACAGAUUUCGGAGGUGAAAAGCUACGAAGAGGAGGCAAUGAUCGCAUCUGCCACCCUUCUUGAUAUCGAGGGCAAAACAGAUGAAGCCAUCGCUACUCUUGAAGCUAUCAACAGCAUUUCCUCCAACUGGCAACUUGCACGGAUAUUUCAAAGACUGUCAGAAGAAGCUGGCAAUGGAGUGGAGGAAACGCAUGACCGAUGUAUGUCAUUCCUCAAGAAGUUCAGGAAACAUCUGAUAAACAUUUACAAUUCGAAUGCAGCUGAAAUCGAUAAGCUUCCAGUAUCAAUGGAGGAAGUUAUGGAUCUGCUGGAAGAAGUGAACCAGCAGCUGGGUGAAAAUGGGGAUGCGAUUGAUGACGAAGAAGGCCGACCUUUCCAUUCGAGCCCGCAUCAACUCGCGGAGCCGGCUGCUGCAAGCUCGCACAUUAAAUUUUCUCCAUCACCGUCAAAGAAUGCAUCAUCUCCUUCCAGGAGACACAUUACACCACCUCAUUGGGCAGAGGACCAGAAGUCUCUCCUUCAGAUGCUGUGUCAGACAGUUGAAGCACUAAAAAAUGAAGUUCAUGACUUGCGACUCAAUUCUUCUGAUGCAACUGCAUCACCACAUCAGAGAGUUUAUGGAGAGGGAUUUAGUUCUGACAACAUGCAAGAGUCUUUUCCUGCGGCACAAACAUUCCAUGGAGCACCUCUAACAGUUUCCACAACAGGUCCCAAUGUGUACUACAACCAGUCUCCUGCUUACAACCAGCAGUUUCUGUUACGUCCUGCUGCAAAUGUCACACCUACAAAGGCACCAGUGUAUGGAAUCAACCGUUUGCCACCUCAGCAACACAUGUAUGCCUACCAGCAACCCACGCAUACUCCACCACCUCAGACCACUCCAGCGUGUGGAGUAUAUCCACAAGACUUUGGUGCACCACUCCGCUUUGAGUCUCCUGCAACAAGUUUACUAUCACCAUACAGCGAAGAGUACUAUGGACACAGUGUUCCUCAACCCACAACAAACCCCCCUCUACCAGAGCCUGGAUACUUCACUAAACCAUCUGUUCCUGCUUCACAACCCACAAAGCCUUCUGACGGAAAAGCUCUGGACUUUGGAAAGAUAACAUUUGGCCAGCCUGCUGAACCGUCCAAGGUGCCAGCCUUUGGUAACCAAUCAGCACCCUCAGCAUUGCCACCCACUGCCUUCAAAUUCAAUUCCAAUUUUAAGUCUAAUGAUGGGGACUUCACAUUCUCAGCCAAUCAGGGAAAAAACAGUGAAAGUCUCUUGGGACUACUCACCUCAGAUAUGUCCAGAAAUGAUGGGCAGUCAGAACCAAAUCCUUCUGCCGAAGACCCUCCACAAAGUCAAGGUGGGGUGUUCACAUUCGGCAGCAAAAGCAUGGCUGGAUUUUCUUUUGCUGAUGCUGCGCAAAAUCAGAACAGCUUAUUUGGCAAAUCUGAACAACCAUUUAGCUUUUCAGACCCGAACAAGUCAGAAGUAGUGGAACAAGAGGAUAAAAAUGCAGAGAGCGAUAACGACAGCACACAUGCAGAAGAGGAUGAGGAUGGUCCACAUUUUGAGCCCAUUGUACCUUUGCCUGACAAGGUAGACGUAAAAACUGGAGAAGAGGAAGAAGAGGAAAUGUUCUGCAACAGAGCCAAGCUAUUCCGAUUCGACACAGAGGCAAAAGAAUGGAAAGAAAGAGGAAUUGGAAGCCUCAAAAUUCUGAAGCACAAGACCUCAGGCAAAGUUCGUUUGCUCAUGAGGAGAGAGCAGGUACUUAAAAUAUGUGCCAACCACUACAUAACCGCUGACAUGAUUUUGAAGCCCAAUGCUGGCUCUGAUAAGUCCUGGGUUUGGUAUGCCAUGGACUAUGCAGACGAAAUGCCAAGGACCGAGCAAUUGGCAGUCCGUUUCAAAACUGCAGAUGAGGCAGCCCUCUUCAAGACAAAGUUUGAGGAGGCACAGAGAGUCUUGCCGACAUCACCACAGAAGCAAGAUCAAGUUGAUGAAGGUGAAGUAACUACAAAGCCCAGUUCAUCAGAUGUUCCAAAAAAGGUGGUCGAUCUGAAAACCCAGUUUGCUAAAAAGGAGGGUGAAUGGGAUUGUGAUGUGUGUUGCAUUCGGAAUGCCUCCUCAGCAACAAGCUGUGUCGCUUGUCAGACUCCUAAUCCUAACAGCUCAAAAAUUGAAGACAAGCCCUCUGAAGAGCCCAAAGGAUUUUCUUCAGGGCCCACCUCAGUUGGAGGCUUUACCUUUGGCAUCACUGGAGAGGCCGCAAAAGACACUGGCAGUUUGACAAAAGGAUUUGGUUCAAAUAUACCCAUGUCAUUUAAGUUUGGAACCAGCUCAGACACAUCAACCACAUCCAUAAGUAGUCCCGCAGCUUCUCUUGCCCCAUCGGCUGCUCCAUUUGGUGCUGGCUUCGGGUCAAAUCUGUCAAAUCAAACUGCAGAUGAUGCUGCAGCUUCUCUUGCCCCAUUGGCUGCUCCAUUUGGUGCUGGCUUUGGGUCAAAUCUGUCAAAUCAAACUGCAGAUGAUGCAUCAACAGUAAAACAAUCAUUCUCAUUCCAGUUUGCCAAGAAAGAUGGGGAAUGGGACUGUCCUACCUGUUGUGUAAGAAAUGCAGCAUCUUCAAGCAGCUGUGUUGCAUGUCAGGCUGAAAACCCCUCAAACAAAACUGACAAAGAGCCACAAGCUUCCUCCUUUUCCUUUGCGUCCAGUUCUGUUUCAGGAUUUGGAGCCCAAUUUGCUAAGAAAGAAGGGGACUGGGAUUGCCCUAUAUGUUGUGUAAGAAAUACACCAUCAUCAAGCACAUGUGCUGCAUGUCAGACUCCAAACCCUUCAAGCAAAGUUGAAAACAAAGAAGUGAAGGCUUCCACAUUUCCCUUUGGCUCCAGCUCUGUUUCAGGAUUUGGUACACAGUUUGGCAAGAAGGAAGGCGAAUGGGAUUGUCCUACAUGUUGUGUCAGAAAUGCAGCGUCAACAAGCACCUGCGUUGCAUGUCAGACGAAGAACCCUUCAAGCAUAGUUGAAAACAAAGAACCAAAGGCUUCCACAUUUAAGUUCAGCUCCAGUUCUGCCUCAGGAUUUGGGGCACAGUUUGCUAAGCAAGAGGGACAAUGGGACUGCGACCAGUGUCUUGUCAGAAAUGACCCAACAUCUUCAAAGUGCGUUUCCUGUCAAGCUCCUGGUCCUGUUCAAGCGCCAACUGGAUUGGCGGCUAUGUUUGCAAAGAAAGAUGGACAGUGGGAUUGUGAUGUUUGCUUGGUGAGGAAUGAUGGUGCCUCCAACCAAUGUGUCUCUUGUCAGACGCCCAACCCCAACAAUAAGGGUGCAAUUGCCUCAGCACCUUCAAGCUCCUCCUUCAGCUUCAGCUUUGGAACCCCAAGUAAAACCAGCGAACCCAGUGGCACAGGAAUUGCAACUGGUUUCCCCAACGCUGGUGCCUUCCAAUUUGGUGUGAAAGAGAAAAGCACCUCUGCACCUUUCGGCAGCAGCGCCGGUUUCUCCUUUUCAAUUCCGUCUAGUGGCUUCAAGUUUGGCGCACAGGAAAGUGCUGAUGAAACCCCAGCCACAGAGAGUGAACCAACCGCUCUUGGCUCUGCAUCCAUGUUUCUGAAAAAUAUUGCUGAGCAACACAGGGAAAAAGAAAACGAGUCUGGUGCAGAAACAUUGACGCCUUCCAUUGACAACUCUGAACAAGAGGUAAACCCUCUAUUCAUGCCAAAGGAAGACUCAUUCAGUUUUGCAGACCUCGCAAAAUCUUCUGAAGGUUUCCAAUUUGGCGAGCAAGAUCCUUCUUUCAAAGGGUUUAAAGGAGCAGGUGCACAGCUGUUCACAACUCUGCCCUCGAACAAGAAAGCAGAUGUGUCUGCAGAUCAGGAUGAUGAAGACAUGUACAAGACUGAAGAGAAUGACGACAUUCAGUUUGAGCCAGUGGUCGAGAUGCCUGAGAAAGUAGACCUUGUCACUGGCGAGGAGGAUGAAGAGGUUCUCUACUGUCAACGUGUUAAACUCUUCAGGUUCGAUACAGAACUUGGUCAGUGGAAAGAAAGAGGAGUUGGCAACUUAAAGCUUCUGAAGAAUACUGUGAACGGUAGAUUGAGGGUCCUAAUGAGAAGAGAGCAAGUUCUAAAGGUUUGUGCAAAUCACUGGAUCACUACAACAAUGAAUCUGAAGCUCCUCUCUGGAUCAGACCGUGCAUGGAUGUGGCUCGCAAAUGACUUUGCUGAUGGAGAUGCAAGGCUAGAACAGCUUGCAGCCAAAUUUAAAACCCCAGAACUAGCUGAGGAAUUCAAGCUAAAGUUUGAAGAAUGUCAAAAGCUCUUGUUGAAUAUUCCUCUGCAGACACCCCAUAAACUUGUUGAUACCGGCAGAACAGCACAUCUGAUUCAGAAAGCAGAAGAAAUGAAAUCUGGUCUGAAAGACCUGAAAUCUUUCUUGACUGAUGACAAAAAGACCACAGAUGAUGAGACUAAAGACAUUUCGUCAAUGACUAACUCAUCUGGGCUCGUCAUCAAACCUCAUGCUGAAAGCACUGGUCCCACUUUGGAAUGGGACAAUUAUGACUUGCGUGAAGAAGCACUUGAUGACAGUGCCGAUACAUCCGUUUAUGCCUCGCCAUUAGCUAGCAGUCCUAUUCGCAAGAAUUUGUUUCGCUUCGGAGAAUCUACUGGUGGAUUUAGUUUCAGUUUCCAGCCUGUUGUAAGCCCAGCAAAGUCACCGACCAAAUUAAAUCAGAGCGGAGUAUCUGUCGGGACAGAUGAUGACCAAGACACAACUCAAGAGGAAGAACGAGAUGGUCAGUACUUUGAGCCAGUUGUGCCAUUACCUGACCUUGUAGAGAUAUCAACAGGUGAAGAAAAUGAGCAAAUUCUCUUCAGUCACAGGGCCAAAUUGUAUCGCUAUGACAAAGACUUGAAUCAGUGGAAAGAACGUGGCAUUGGAGACCUUAAGAUUUUGCAAAAUUAUGAUACAAAACGAGUGAGGGUUAUUAUGAGACGUGAUCAAGUUCUUAAAAUAUGCGCAAACCAUUGGAUAAGUAGCACAAUGAACCUGGAGCCGAUGAAAGGCACAGAGAAGGCUUGGAUCUGGAGUGCUUUAGACUUUGCUGAAGGAGAGGGCAAAGUGGAGCAGUUGGCAGUGCGCUUCAAACUACAAGAGACCGCCAACAGUUUCAAAGAAAUCUUUGAUGAAGCAAAGACUGCUCAGGAUGAGCAGAGACUUGUCACACCCGCGCCCCCAACAGAAAGUCCAUUAAAACAAACUACAUGUGGCCAAGCUGCUGUUGCUGUUCUCGAAGAGACCACUCGUGAACGCACUGACUUGUCCAAUGAGACAUUCCAUACACCAGAAGAUAAAGCCGUCUCUCCACACAGUCCUCAGGCAUCAUCCAAAGCUGUAGUUUCCCCACCCAAAUUUGUCUUUGGAAAUAUUUCAGUGCAGAAAAUAUUCGGGAGUCCCCCCAAAGAUGCACUUCCAGGAUCAUCUCAGCCCAAAGAAAAGGCACCAAAUACAUCAGCCUCUACCCAGCCAGCAAUACCAGCAUUCAAGGUUCCCGAAGGAGGAUUGGAUUUUAGGCUUUUCAAAGAUAACCCUAUGGCUUUUUGGACCAGCACAUCCUCCACCCAGUUUGAACCCCCAGCUUCCUCGGAAACAGAAAAUGGUGAUGAACCUUUGGAUCCCGAGGAAAUCGAGAUUUUGUUCGUGCGCGAACCCACAAAGGAACAGGCAGAGCUGGCCAGCAAGCUUAUGCUACCCCUCACAUUCUUCUGCUACAAGAAUGAGCCCGGUUACAUCAGUGAUGACACUGAGGAUGAUGAAGACUUUGAAACUGCAGUGAGAAACCUCAAAGGGAAGCUGUAUCCUGAUGAUUCGGCAAGGAAGACUGAUGCUGCGAGCAGUGGUGACUCAUCUCAAGAUGUAAAAGAUCCAGAGUGUGAAAUAGUCUGGGAGAAAACGCCAACCCCAGAGGAGGAAAGCAAAGCAAAGAGUCUGUACCUUCCCCCAACCUUUUUGUGUGGAUUGGGGACCGACGUGGACACUGAGAAGGAUAAACCUGACGACUUUGAAACGGAGGUCCGCAAGGUACAGGAAGCUCUGACUGUUACAGAGGUCAAGACUCCGAGUCCGACUCCAACUCCUGUGUCGGAGCCCUCUGAGGUCAAGACUCCGACUCCCCCUCCUGCUGAGACUGUUACAGAAGUCAAGACUCCAACUCCCCCUCCUGUGGCAGUGUCCUCUGAGGUCAAGACUCCAACUCCCCCUCCUGUGGCAGCGCCCUCUGAGGUCAAGACUCCGACUCCCCCUCCUGUGGCAGCGCCCUCUGAGGUCAAGACUGAGGUUGCAGCGGAGGCCAGUGGAAGCUGCCCCAUUGACCUAUCCACAAAAAAGAGCACGCCCACAUCCAGUGCUUCUCAAGCUGAUCCCGAUACUCCAGCUAAUCCAGACCCUCCGGCCAUUGGAUUUGGAUUUGCCGCGACAGGGGGAUUCUCUUUUGCAGAUUUGGCUAACAAAUCUAAUAACUUUGCUUUUGGAACACAAGACACAAACUUCUCCUGGGCGAAUGCUGGGGCUACAAUAUUUGGCGCAGCCACAGCACCCAAGAAUGAUGGAGAGGGGGAAGGAAGUGGUGAUGACGAUGAUGAAGAUGAUGACAAUCCAGACAUCCACUUUGAACCGAUUGUGUCAUUGCCAGAGGUUGAAGUGAAGUCUGGUGAAGAGGACGAAGAGAUCUUGUUCAAGGAGCGGACCAAGUUGUACCGUUGGGAUCGCGACCUGCAACAGUGGAAAGAGCGAGGAGUCGGUGACAUCAAAAUCCUCUUCCACCCUUUGAAGAAGUUCUACCGGGUGAUCAUGAGACGGGAGCAGGUGCUGAAGGUGUGCGCCAACCACACCAUCACAGAAGGCAUCGAGCUGAAGCCCAUGAACACAUCUGCCAACGCUUUGGUUUGGACUGCUACAGACUAUGCAGAGGGUGACGGUAAAGUUGAGCAACUUGCUGCCAAGUUCAAAACUCCAGAACUGGCGGAGUCUUUCAAAAAGACGUUCACUGAGUGUCAGAAUCGUAUGAGCAAGACGGAUGACUCAACAUCUCAACUCUCCAGAGUUAUGGAGCACUCGAAACAGGGCAAUCCCAUCGUGUACUUCAGCUUGGCUGCUGACGACGAGCCCCUUGGGAAGAUUACCAUAGAGUUGUUCGCCCACAUAGUACCAAAAACGGCAGAAAACUUCAGGGCCCUUUGCACUGGGGAGAAAGGAUUUGGGUUCCGUAACUCUAUUUUCCACAGAGUCAUCCCAGACUUCAUGUGCCAGGGUGGUGAUAUUACUAAUCAGGAUGGCACUGGAGGGAAAUCCAUUUACGGGGGAAAGUUCGAAGAUGAGAACUUCGAUGUCAGGCACACGGGGCCGGGCAUCUUAUCCAUGGCAAACCGCGGGAGAGACACCAACAACUCCCAGUUUUUUAUCACCUUGAAGAAAGCCGAGCACUUGGACUUCAAGCAUGUAGCGUUUGGAUUCGUGAAAGAUGGAAUGGACACUGUGAAACUGAUGGGAGAACUCGGCACCAAAACGGGGAAGCCCAGUAAAAAGAUUGUCAUUGCCGAUUGUGGACAAUUAUAAUAUGUUCCUCUUUACCGAGUGUUGCACUUGCUCCUUUUUUCCCCCUUCCCUCAGUCUACCAGGGGGCUGUCCUUCUGUUAUUCCUGAUCUGCAUAUUUGUGUGUAUAAUAACAGGUGAAACGUUUUCUUUUUUAAAGUAAAAAUAAUAAACUGGGUGUUGCAUGUUCUAAUAAUAAAGGUUAAAUUACAGGCAGUGUAGGAAUCUGCCAUCCAGUUUUGUACAAUAAUGUCUUCUUGUGUUCUUGUUUAUUAAAAGAAUGGGUUGUUGAUCAA